AUGGCGUCCUACCCUCCCCAAGCUUGCUGCUACCAAGGGUUCAAACAUGAUGGGCGGCCACAAGGUUCAUUAUCCAUGCUGAAUGACGUUGAAGUCUACACCAGUCAUCCCCAUACCAAGUCAACGGAAAAUGGGAUUUUGAUCCUCACGGAUAUCACCGGCCAUCGUGUGCCAAACGCUCAACUCAUUGCAGAUCAGUUUGCCAUGAAUGGGUAUUUUGCUAUUAUACCAGAUCUGUUUUACGGUGAUGCUGUGCCUUUGAACAAGCCGGGGGAAUUCGAUAUGCAGAAGUGGAGAAACGGGGGAUAUCACCCGGAAGGAAAGAACCAUCUCCCCCCGACUGUGGAUCCGAUUGUGGAAUCCUGCCUGCGGGGAAUGAGGACAGAAUUCAACUGCAAAAGAAUUGGUGCUGUGGGAUAUUGCUUCGGCGGCAAGUAUGUCGUGCGGCAUCUGCACCCGGGGAAAAUCGAUGUGGGCUAUACAGCACACCCAUCCCAUAUUGAAGAGGCCGAGCUCAAGGCCAUUCAAGGCCCACUGGCUAUCGCUGCAGCAGAAACCGACGGAAUAUUCUCCGUUGAAAAGCGACAUGUAACAGAGGGUAUCUUGAGGGAGUUGAGCCUUCCUUAUCAAAUCAACCUCUAUAGCGGGGUGAAGCAUGGCUUUGCGGUCCGAGGCGAUCCAGCGAUCCCGGAUGUGAGAUAUGCGAAGCGAAGUGCUUUUGUACAAGGAGUUGAGUGGUUCAAUGAGCAUUUGAAUCAGGAGGACCUAGUCUAG